GUGAGAACCAAACCAAAACCUCUCUCACUCUCUGUUAUCAAUCUUCAUGAUCGGAGAAAAAUCACAAUAGGGUUUUGAAAUUUGAAGUAUUUUUUCUGAGCAGAAAUGGCUUUGAGAAGAUUGCAAACUCUGCGUUCACUGUAUCGGACGGCUGGGAUUCGAGAAUCUUCAUAUCUGCUUGGCAGCUCAAGAAGCUAUUCUACUGCUAUUUCAAAUGUUCCUGAACUAAAUCAGCGGAGUGUUUCUUCUUGCUUAUACAAGGCCCACAAUGCUUUCCCAUUGACUCGUGGAAGUACAAUGCCACUUCGCUCUACAAUGGCUGCUGAGUUAUUGAUAUUCUCAAAUGAUACGAGGUCAUUAUCAACACAAGUAAAAGCCCCUCCGCAAGCACGACAGAUGGGAGCUCUUAAAGUCUCCAUGACGAGCCCUGGAUUCAUCUAUGAACCAUAUGCACCUCGUGAACAAAUACCAUUUUGGCGGAGAUGGUUCACAAGAAGUGGGUGGAAAAGAACAAAAGAUGAUAUUAUUCUAGAGCUCAAAAGUGCCUAUGCAAUUAAUAAAUUAAGGAAAUCUGGAUAUUCAAAGAAGAAGUUUUACAAUGAGGCUGCAGAGUUGUACAAGGAGAUAAACACACUAAUGGCAAACGGUGAUAAAUCAUUAUUAAGGAAAGCAGUCACGGAGAAAAUGUACUCUGCACUCAAAAAUGAAAUUAAACAAAGAGAAUCAGUGUGGAGUAAGGUCUACUGGGAAAUGAUCAUGCCAAUUGUAAAGAUGCGAACUUUGCGAGCUCGUCUGAUUGGAGUUGAUCGAAAUGACCUCAACAAAGUUUUCAUUCAACUUACACUCGAGUUUCUAACUAAGCAGAAAUUUGAAGCUUAUGAUUCAAACGGUGAUGUUGUCGCAGGAGAUAAAUCUAAAGAGGUCCUAGUCCGUGACAUCUGGGUAUUUGAGAAAUCUCUCUUUCACCCUGGUGCUUACUGGCGUCUCUGUGGGAGGAUUUCAACAAAAUCUUCUUGAUUGAGGACUGAUAUCUACUGUGCCAUUGAUGAUGAUGAUUAACUGCUGUUACCCAAUUUUGUCACCUGAAUUGUUUGUAAAUUUAUCAGAUUUAUUAAACACAAUUUCUUGUUCGAUGAAUUAAAUUUAUGAGAUUUCACUUUGCAAGGAAUAAAAUUAAAUGCAGCUCAGUGAUUACCAUGUCUAUCCUUAA